GCUUCAUGGCUUUCGGUAAGGUUCCGACGCCUCGAUAAUGCCAUUGUCCAAAAUCUUUGGCUAAGGGACGACCGCUUGACCCAUAUAUACCUGAUGAAUUCCUUCUUGAAUCGAAGGGAGUUCGGAUCCUUCCACUCCUGACAGGUAUCUCGGAAACCAUACUUGGUUCCUCUAUCUUUUCAUCAGAAGCCAUUUCACAAGGCUCGGAUCAAAUCUACCAUGGCCUUUGCCUAUAAGCGAGUGCUCAUUGUCGGAGCGACGGCCGGAAUUGGGGCUGCAAUGGCAGAUCAUCUCAUUAAACAAGGUACCAAGGUUAUCGCCGUCGGGCGCCGACAGCAACGACUUGAUGCCUUCGUCGAGAAGCACGGCAAAGACAAGGCCGGCGCCAUCAGAUUCGACAUCUUAGAACGGGAAAAGAUGGACGAGUUUGUGCGAGAAGCUACAGAAACCUACCCAGAUUUGGAUUGCGUCUUUCUAAAUGCGGGAGUUCAGAGCAUGAUCGACCUGAGCCAACCGGAAAAGGUCGAUCUUGCAGCUUUUCACUCAGAGGUGGCAGCGAAUUUCUCAUCUUUUGUGGAUCUUGCCAUCAAGUUCCUACCUUUCUUGAUGAACAAGGAAACGGAGACCAGCCUGGUAUUCACCGGUUCAAACCUAGCCAUCGUUCCUGCUGGUCCGCUACCUGCUUACUCCGCGUCAAAGGCAGCAUUGAAUGCCUUUGUUCUCUGUCUCCGCGACCAACUACGGAACUCGUCAGUCAGGGUCAUCGAGAUAUCUCCACCUCCCGUUCAAACUGAACUUCAUGACUACUUGGGUGCUGAAAGGGGACGCUCCAUGGGCAUGCCGGUCGACAAGUUUAUAGAGGCCGCCUUCGAGGGACUCGCUUCGGGAAGUGACCAGAUUGUGAUCGGAGCGGUCGGAUCAGCGGAGAUCUUCAAUGACAUUAUCGCUAAGCGGAGGACGCUCUUUGAGAAUCUGGUGAAGAUGUGGAGGGGAGAAAAAUAGGACAGAACUGGGCACGGCCUGCAUGACGGCCACCAUCUUAUGCGC